AUGCCAUUUGGACAGGUUGUCAUUGGUCCGCCAGGGUCAGGCAAGUCGACCUACGUCCAUGGCGCAUCACAGUUUCUCGGUGCUAUAGGCCGCAAGGCAAGCAUCAUCAACCUCGACCCUGCGAAUGACGCGCUGCCGUAUAAAGCCGAUGUGUCCAUCACAGAUCUCAUCUCGCUGGCCGAGAUUCAGCAGAAUGAGGGACUCGGACCGAAUGGAGGCAUCAUCCAUGCGAUAGAGACGCUGGUGGAGAACUUUGACUGGCUGAAGCAUGAAAUUGAAGGGCUGCAGGGAGAUGAGAAGCAGGGCGAAUACCUACUCAUUGACUUGCCUGGUCAAGUGGAGCUCUUUACACACAAUGAUGCGCUACGAACGCUACUUUGUAUGCUCGAGAAGCAAUGCGGCUACCGUCUUGUCGUGGUUCAUUUAGUCGAUGCACACUACUGCACUGAUCCUGCAAAGUACAUCUCAGUGCUCAUGGUCUCGCUACGGGCUAUGCUUCAACUCGACUUGCCGCAUCUCAAUGUCCUAUCCAAGAUUGACAUGCUCGACAAGUAUGGCGGCGGUCUGGCUUUCAAUCUAGACUACUACACAGAAGUCCAAGACUUGAGCUACCUUUUGCGGCUCCUCGAGCAAGAUCCACGCAUGCAAAAGUUUGCAAAACUCAAUCAAGCCAUUUGUUCUAUGAUUGAGGAUUUUGGCCUCGUUGGCUUCGAGACGCUUGCUGUGGAGGAUCGUCGGAGUAUGGCCAAGCUACUUCAACAAAUUGACAAGGCCGGUGGGUACAGCUCUGGCGGUGCAGAAGCAGGUGGCGAUGCAGUCUGGACACAGGCUGUUCGUGGCGGAUGGCAAAGUGUUGGCAAUACGGCACUUGAUGAUCAGGAACGGUGGAUGACAGACAAGGAUGUGUAUGAACGACAUGAAGAAGCUGGCUGGCAGCGAGAUGUGUAA